CUAAGUGACGGGCUGGUGUGAUUGUGUGGGCGGGAAGGUCACCGUGCUCUCGCGAGGGCUUCCACCUGAGCCCCGAGGCCCAGUGGCUUGUCCCUUUGCAGCCAGGCCAGCGCUCUGGACCAUGCCCGUGUGCCCCUGGGUUGCCAACGGCAGGGGCCGCCGGCGCAAUGGGGAUGGGGGGCAGCCCGAGGCCAGCAGAGAUGGCCUGAAGGUGCUUCUGCACUGGGCCGGCCCCGGCGGCGGGGACCCCUGGGCCACCUUCAAUGACAGCACCCUGACUGCGGAGGAGGUCUGCAUCCAUGUCGCCCAGAAACUCGGCAUCACUCCUCCUUGCUUCAGUCUCUUCGCGCUCUUCGAUGCCCAGGCCCACGUCUGGCUGCCCCCGAACCACGUUUUGGAGGUCUCCCGGGCUGCCCCGCGCACGCUGUACUUCCGCAUGAGGUUUUAUUUCCGGAACUGGCACGGCCUGAACCCCCAGGAGCCCACGGUGUUCCGCUGCGGGCCCCCAGGCAGCGAGGCGUCCUCAGCCGAGGCCCAGCAGGGUUUGCCUCUCCUGGACGCGGCCUCCUUCGAGUACCUCUUCGAGCAGGGCAAGCACGAGUUUGUGAAUGAUGUGGUGUCUCUGGGGGAGCUGUCCACAGAGGAAGAGAUCCAUCACUUCAAGAAUGAGAGUCUGGGCAUGGCCUCUCUGCACCUGUGCCAGCUGGCACUCCGCCGGGGGGUCCCCUUGGAGGAAGUGGCCAGGAACAUCAGCUUCAAGGAGUGUAUCCCGCGCUCCUUCCGCCAGCAGAUCCGCCAGCACAACGCGCUGACGCGGCUGCGCCUGCGGACCAUCUUCCACCGCUUCCUGCGCACCUUCCAGCCCGGCCGCCUCAGCCCGCACCUGGUCAUGGUCAAGUACCUGGCCACGCUCGAGCGGAUGGCGCCCCGGUUCGGCGCCGAGCGCGUGCCCGUGUGCCGCCUGCGCCUGCAGGCUCAGGCCACCCCGCCCGAGCCCGAACCGCAGUCGGACCCCGGACCACCGACCCACGAGGUGCAGGUGUCCGGCACGCGGGGCCUCCAGUGGCGGCCAGUGCCCGCAGCGGGUCCCAGUGAUGAUGGCGGCGGUGCUGACAGUGAUGGGGAACCCCAAGCUGACCCAUCUAAGAAGAAAGCCAAGGCCCAGGGGGUGGACAGACCCCGCGAGACACCCUGGGUCUAUUUCUGCGACUUCCAAGAUGUCACGCACGUGGUUCUGAAAGAGCAUAACAUCAGCAUCCACUGUCAGGACAAGUGCCUGGAGCUGACGCUUCCUUCCCGGCCCGCCGCCCUGUCCUUGGUGGCCCUGGUGGACGGCUACUUCCGCCUCACGUCUGACUCAAGCCACUACCUGUGCCAUGAAGUGGCUCCCCCGCGGCUGGUGAUGAGUAUCCAGGAGGGGGUACACGGGCCCCUGCUGGACACCUUUGUGUUGGCAAAGCUGCAGCCAGAAGAUGGGCUUUACCUCAUCCACUGGAGCUGCCACCACUUCCACCGCCUCAUUCUCACGGUGGCCCAGAGGGACGAGGCCUCUGACGGUGGUGCCAGAAGCUGGCGGCUGCGCAAGUUCCCCAUCCAGCUGCAGCCAGGGGCUUUCACCCUGGAAGGCUGGGGCCGCACCUUUGCCAGUGUGGCGGAGCUGCGAGCCGCCUUGCAGAGCUGUGCCCUACGGGCCGGCCCUGAUUCCUUCAUGCUGCGCCGCUGCUGCCCACCACGACCUGGAGAGAUCUCCAACCUCAUCAUCCUGCGGGGCUCCCAGGCCAGCCCCCGGCCUCUCAACCUCAGCCAGCUCAGCUUCCAUCAGAUCAGCCAGGACGCGAUCACCCGGCUCUCCCACUUGGGCCAGGGCACCAGGACCAACGUGUAUGAGGGUGUCUUGCGCGUGGCCGGAGGAGACCAGGAGGAGGACAAGAGCGAUGAUGAGGGCUGUGGGCAGGAGCUCCGAGUGGUGCUCAAGGUGCUGGACCCUGGCCACCAGAACAUCUCCCUGGCCUUCUACGAGACCGCCAGUCUCAUGAGCCAGGUGUCCCACAUGCACCUGGCCUUUCUGCACGGCGUCUGCGUUCACGGCUCGGAGAGCACCAUGGUGACUGAGUAUGUGGAACAUGGGCCCCUGGACGUGUGGCUGCGGCGGGAGAGGGGCCACGUGCCCGUGGCCUGGAAAGUGGCCGUGACCCAGCAGCUGGCCAGUGCCCUCAGCUACUUGGAAGACAAGAGACUCGCCCACGGGAAUGUGUGUGGCCGGAACAUUCUGCUGGCACGGCCGGGGCUAGCGGAAGGCAGCAACCCUUUCAUUAAGCUGAGUGACCCCGGCGUGGGCCUGGGUGCCCUCUCCCGCGAGGAGCGGGUGGAACGCAUCCCCUGGACAGCCCCUGAGUGCCUGUCUGGGGGCACCGGCAGCCUCAGCACAGCAGCUGACAAGUGGGGCUUCGGGGCCACCGUCCUCGAGAUCUGCUUUGAUGGGGAGGUUCUCCUGCAGGGCCGCAGCCCCUCGGAGAAAGAGCGUUUCUACCAGAAGCAGCAUCGCCUUCCCGAGCCCGCAUGCCCGGAGCUGGCCACACUCAUCAACCAGUGCCUGAACUACGAGCCGGCCCAGCGUCCCUCUUUCCGCACCAUCCUCCGGGAUCUUACUCAGCUGCAGCCACAGAAUCUUGUUAAUGUCCUGACUGUGAACCCGGAAUCCCCCACCGCCGACCCCACGAUUUUCCACAAACGCUACUUGAAAAAGAUUCGGGAUCUAGGCGAGGGUCAUUUUGGCAAAGUCACCCUCUACUGCUAUGACCCGACCAACGAUGGCACUGGCGAGAUGGUGGCCGUGAAAGCCCUCAAAGCGGACUGUGGCCCCCAGCUCCGCACAGGCUGGCGGCGGGAGAUUGACAUCCUGCGCACGCUGUACCACGAGCACAUAGUCAAAUACAAGGGCUGCUGUGAGGACCAAGGCGAGAAGUCAGUACAGCUCGUAAUGGAGUACGUACCCCAGGGCAGCCUCCGGGACUACCUGCCGAGACACAGUGUCGGGCUGGCCCAGCUGCUGCUCUUUGCCCAGCAGAUCUGCGAGGGCAUGGCCUACCUACAUUCGCAGCACUACGUGCACCGAGACCUGGCCGCGCGCAAUGUGCUGCUUGACAACGAGAGGCUGGUCAAGAUCGGGGACUUUGGCCUGGCCAAGGCCGUGCCCGAAGGCCACGAGUACUACCGCGUGCGCGAGGAUGGGGACAGCCCCGUGUUCUGGUAUGCCCCCGAAUGCCUGAAGGAGUGUAAGUUCUACUAUGCAUCCGACGUCUGGUCCUUUGGGGUCACCUUGUAUGAGCUGCUGACACAUUGUGAUUCCAGACAGAGCCCCCCAUUGAAAUUCAUCGAACUCAUCGGCCUCACCCAGGGCCAGAUGACUGUGCUGCGGCUCACAGAACUCCUGGAACUGGGCCAGAGGCUGCCACGGCCGGAGAAGUGUCCUUAUGAGAUCUACCAUCUCAUGAAGAACUGCUGGGAGACGGGUGCGUCGUUCCGCCCCACCUUCCAGAACCUCAUCCCCAUCCUCAAGGCAGCCCAGGAGAAGUACCAGGGCCAGGCCCCGUCCGUGUUCAGCGGCUCCUGAGCAGGGAGGGAGGGGAGGGGAGCAUCUGGU